AUGCCAUUUGCGCAUCUCCUCCGUCACCUCUCUCGUCAGGGGAGGAAUUUUCAGAAUGUCUCUUCACCCAAGGGUAUCUCUCCUGAGAGUCUUAUCGUCGUUCUCCACGAUCAUGGACGGGUCGACGAUACUAUUCGCAGCCAGCUUCAAAACACAAACAGGGAGGAGAUCCUAGCCAUCGAGAAGAGGGUCAAAAGACUACUCGACAUGUGCCUCGUAUUCAUGGCCUGGAUUAUGUUUGCUCUGAAUUCUUUUGACCGAAGCAGUCUUGGGAAUGCUCGAGUCAUGGGCUUGCAGCAGGAUUUGGACAUGGAUUCGAAUCAAUACGGCCUCAGCAUGAUGCUCCUUUUUAUUGCAUAUGUCAUGGCACAGCUUCCCUCGAACUACUACCUGGCAAGGGGACGCCCCUCAAUCUACCUCCCUGGCGUGAUGGUUCUUUGGGGGGGUGUAUGUACGGCCACCGCUUUCGUGAAGACUCCGUCGCAGUUAUACGCGGUGCGCUUUAUUCUAGGUCUCCUGGAGGCACCGUUCUGUGCCGGCUGCCUUUUUCUCAUUUCGUCCUGGUACACAAGAACUGAGCUUGGACUACGCAGUGCCAUAAUUUUAUCCGCGCCGAUGACAGCAAACGCUUUCUCUGGCCUUGUUGCUUUUGGAAUUUACGACACAAUUGAUGGAGCAAAAGGUCUCGAGGGUUGGCGCUGGCUGUUUAUUGUAGGCGGCGCCAGCACGGUUUUCAUUGCUGGGGUCGCUUUCUACGUCCUACCUGAUUUUCCGUUCAAUACUCGCUACCUCUCGGACAAAGAGCGGGCAGUGGCGCAGCUGCGAUUGAUCGCCGACGGUGUGCAGGUUGCUGAAAGGGACAACAGCCGCUGGCAAGGCCUCGUCAUGGCUGUGAGAAGCUGGCUGGUGUGGAUUUUCGCAGGGAUGUUCUUGCUCUUGUCGAUCGGUGCAUCAGUACACAACUUCUUCCCCUCAGUCGUAAACACGCUUGGAUUCUCCAGAAAUACGACCUUGUGGAUGACAGCACCGCCGUACCUCAUUGCGGUUGUCGUCACCAUUGCCAACAGCCUAUUCGCCGACCGACAUUGCAACGCUUCCUUCCACGUUAUUGGGCCAGCAGCACUGGCAACCCUCGGCUUUUUGCUAUUCCUGCUCGAUCAAACGUCCACACGACGCGGCGUGUGGAUUCGCUACGCCGCAGCAUUGCUCAUGGUCGUUGGAGCACAUUCUGGCUAUCCCGUGGUUCUCUCUUGGGCACAGAAGACAAUCCGCCAGCCUAAAGAGAUGCGAGCCUGCGCUAUCGCCAUUAUUAGUGCGUCUGGAAGCAUAUCACAGAUCAUCACUUCCGAACUGUAUCCGAACCGCUGGGCACCGAACUCCUCGAACGCCUACCAAAAACAAAUCUACGUGUACGAGAAGGUACAGCUGCGGCACCGUUCGCAAAUGUCGCACAAUAAUGUACCGGCAGCGGUCUCCCCCUCAGACCCAACGGCCCAUCCCACAGGAAUAUCCAGUCCGACGACGGAAAAGUAUCCAGCAGAUACCUCUGCAUUCCAACAAUAUCCUGAAGUGGUGACUCAGCACCAUACCCAGCCUCACAUGCAGCCUGACUCGAUCUACCAGCAACCACAAUACCCUUAUGGCAAUGGCUAUGCAGCAGAAAAGGGCGUGCCCGUAUCACCACCUCCCAGACCUAAUCCCUGGGGCCUGUCCCCGCUGGCAUUUGGAUUACUGAUAGCAGCGAUUACCGCUGUUGUGGUAGGCGGCGCAGUAGGUGGUGGUGUGGGCGGGGCACUAUCAGGAAACAAAUCGGACUCAUCCAGUGCACAAAUCUCGACAACGACUGUCACUUCAAGUAUAACAACUUCCCCAACAACCACCACCUCUGGUCUGCCAGCUCCCUCAUCACUGGAAAAUUUCGUUGUUCCCGAACCCUACUAUGUCAACACGCUUGAAAAUCCUGGCUGCGCAGACGGCAACUCCCGCAUCGACGUCCAGUACGACACCUCUUUUGACCUCUUUUGCGGCGUCGACAUGCUCAACCACGUUGCCGAUGAGAACAACCCAGACUUACAGGUUGCUGAUAUUGUGGGACUGUUUGCCUAUAGUCUCACGGAUUGUCUGUACGCUUGCUCGAGCGCUACACACUUCGCACAACUUUACGGUCAAGACGAGGCGGGUGGAAAUAUGCAGCCCUGUGUCGGGGUAACUUGGACAUACCAGAUGGCACAGAGCAAUUCGUCAAAUUUUGCUAAUUGUUGGCUGAAGAAUGGAACAUCGACUGGAUUUCAGUGCAAUACAUGUAUCAGUGGCAAGGUGGUUUAA